AUGUCGAAUAAUAAUGGUUUGUCAGGACCAAACCUUAAUGUUAGGAUCAUUUGUCCAGACUGUAAAACAUUUCCUCCCGAUCUAAUCGAAAGAUUCAGCGAAGGGGAUAUCGUCUGUGGGAGUUGUGGGUUGGUGCUUAGUGAUCGUAUUGUCGACACUAGAUCUGAAUGGAGAACAUUCAGCAAUGAUGAUCAAAAUGGAGAUGAUCCAAGUCGUGUGGGAGAUGCGGGUAAUCCAUUAUUUGAUACCGAGGAUUUAUCCACAGCCAUCUCUUUCUCGCCAGAAGCAGGUAGAACUGGUAGAGAUUUGAACCGUGCACAAUCCAAGUCAUUAGUUGAUAAGAAAGAUAAUGCACUUGCAGCCGCAUAUGCAAAGAUAUCUCAAAUGUGUGAUGGUUAUCAAUUACCUAAGAUUGUUCAAGAUGGUGCCAAAGAAGUUUAUAAGUUAGUAUAUGACGAGAAAUCGUUAAGAGGGAAAUCACAAGAGUCCAUUAUGGCAGCUUCAGUAUUUAUAGGAUGUCGCAAAGCUAAUAUGUCUAGAAAUUUUGGAGAAAUCUCAGCAUUGACAAGUAUUAAAGCUGAAGAUAUAGGAAAGAUGGUGAAAAUUGUUUCUAAAAUAGUUCAGCACAAGGUCAAUUCUGAUCCCCAUUCUAAUUUCUACCUUGAAGAAGCAGCUAAUAACUCUCAAACUUCAUUAACUGAUUUAAUUAGAAGAAUUUGUUCUUCGUUGGGAUUAAACAAUAAAGUCACGAUUGCUGCUGAAUAUAUAGCUCAACGAUGCAAAGAGGAAGAUAUUUUGACAGGAAGAUCUCCAAAUACAAUUGCAGGUGCUGGGAUAUAUAUGGCAACGUUGGUAUACCAAGCUGGUACGCCAAUACAAUCGAUAUGCAUAAAGAGUGCGAUUGGACAAGGUACUCUUAAAGUUGCUUAUAAAAUAAUAAAAGCUGAACAAGACAAGUUAACUGAUCCUAAUUGGUUUGUCCAUGAUGAUCUGGUUUAA